AUUUGGCGUCAGUCAAGGAAACCACCGUGACAGUUUCAUCCGUGUUUAUUUUAAGUUAAACAAGUGUCGUCACGUUAAUUCACAAGAACCUUUGCACAAAGCCCUUAAGCCCCGCCCAUCACUCCACAGAAGCUCCGCCCCCCCUCGCUCAGAAACACCUCAACCGACCACUCGAACAGGUAAAGGUGUGCUGAGCGUUGUGCCUGGAGCCACACAAGUGAACCGUUUUCCCGGAGCACAGCUGCCAUGGCUGAGUCUCAGCUAAUAUGCAUGGACGAUGAACAUGUUAACGUGAAAAUACCGGAGUCCAAACCGGAGUUUUAUUACAGCGAGGAGCAGCGGGCCGCGCUCGAGCAGCUCUUGAAGAACGGGGAUGGCGCAUUCAAGAUGCGCCUCAAAGAGGAUAAUAUUAAAGACUUUCUAUCCGCAAGAGAAAUUAAAUGGAUUCGGGACACCUUCCAGGAAUAUGACAGUGACUCGGACACCUGCUGCUCAAGGUCGCCCCACGAUACGAGCAAAGACUCAGGUGUUCACUCAACCUACUGGCCGACCAUGUCUGAUACGGAGAUCCCUCCGCUGGACAUCGGUUGGCCUAGCAACGGCCAUUACAAAGGGGUGACUCGGGUGUUGGUUUACACCCACCCACCCAAACACAACAGUCCGCAUAUUAAAGAGGUGGUCCGCAGACUCAUUCAAGAAUCCACGAAGUUGGUUGCAGUGGUCAUGGACCUGUUGACAGACCUGCUGAUCCUGCAGGAUCUGUUAGAUGCUGCGAGUAAGAGAGGGGUGGCUGUGUACUUGCUGCUGGAGGAGAACGGUUUGCCGCACUUCCUGGACAUGAGCAGCAGACUGCAGAUUUCUGCGCAGCAUCUGAGGAACCUGCGGGUGCGAACUGUGAGGGGCUUCAGCAUGCCGCUGUCCUUUGGUCGUCUGCCUGGAUCGCUGUGCUCAAAGUACAUGUUGGUAGAUGGAGAAAAAGUGAUGUUUGGAUCAUACAGUUUCACGUGGAGUUCCUCUAGGAUGAACCGCAACACCAUCACUGUGAUGUCAGGACAAGUUAUCGACUUCUUCGACAGUGACUUCAGAGAGCUGUACGCCGUGUCUGAUAAAGUGGACCUGUACCGUGAGUUUCACAUCAGUAAGCCGGCCCUGCCAGUUCCUGUGUUGAAAACAGCAGCGGAAACCAAUAAACUCACAGUUCCUGUAUCCACGUCACGCUUCCAGAUCUCUGUAGGGGACACCCAACAGGCUGACCUAAAGGUGCCUGCGCAUAAAUACCAUAAUCCUAAGUACUCUUUAGUCGUUGGCAACAGUAGUGGUAUGACUGGCUCCCUGCAGGAUCUUACUAAGCUAAGAGACUAUGUUGACCAUGCCUCUGUGAACAACAUGGAAAAAUUAAUCUACACCAAUGGGGAUAGUGUACAUCCACAGUCCCCUACAUUACUAGAUGGGACAGAGGAUGGUAAGAGCGACGGGAAGAAGCCUUCGCUGUUUGGUUCUAAAAAGCAACGCUCUUCCUUCCGGCAUUUCUUGAAAGGCAGAGCAAACAAUCAGAGUCCAGACCCUCUUACAUCCCAUCAAAACACAGAUGCAAAACAGAUUAUUCAUAAAGACACUAAGAUUACCAGUAACUCCAAGGAAACAUCUUGGUUGGCCAAUCAUAUCAAUGAGCAGGAAGAUACAUCCAAACACAUUACUCCUGCUCCUCGCAAGAUAUCAGAUACUGACAGCACUGGUGAAGCCGAAGACACAUUUGAGUUCAUAGAGAAUCCACCACAAGUGAAGUUUAAAGUCAAGAAGAACAAAAUGGGUCAAAGGAGUGUUUCUCUUCAGACUAUCGCCACAGAUAGCGAUGAAGGCCAGAGAGGACGGAGACGUAACCAGAAGAAGGCCUGUAUUCAGUCCUGAGGUAUCUCUGUGAGAGAAAUCAACAAGAACGUGUGUUUAUAGGUCAGGACUUUGGAUACUAGGACAAGUUUCAAUGAGAAUGUUAAUAAUGUAUGUUGUAAAAAAAGAGGAAAUUUUCUUCAUUAAGUUAAGUUUGGAAAAGAUGUGGAUAAUGAUAAUUCCUGCAAUAAUAUUGAUUCAGCUGUCAGCUGAAAAUUGGUGCUGUGUUUUUAAAGGGAAGUGAGAUUGUUUGAAUAACCUCCAAAAUGCAGCUGACACUGCAAGGAGCUGGUGUCGAAAAGAAAUGACUGAAAUGUGCGCAUAUAGUGAUCAUGUGACCUGCCGGUUACAGAGCUCACAGAUCGACUGCGGAGAGCUUUGAAUGUAAGAGUCUGAAAACGUAGCAUGUUGCACAUAUUUCCUGUUCAGCAGAUCUUUGCCCUGCAUGUUUACCCAAUCUUAAUCAGUUGCACUUGCCCAGUCCUCAAUCCUCAGAGACAUAAAGGAAGGAGGGAAAGCUCCAUAGCAAAGCUGACAGAUGAUAGAUGAAAACAUGCCCAAUUAUUUACCAUUAAUGGUGUGGUCAUGUUUACCAUUGCUCAGCACAAUUUCACAGGCAAAAUCCAGUCAUUUCAAUAGGAAUCUGUAAAAAUUAGGAAUUUUGCUUUGGGGUGAGAAGAUUCCCCACGCAGAUUUAAUUUGAUGACAUGAAAUUGCUGGUUUAGUGUUUAAGCUUUUUGCCUUUGAAAUUUUAUGUAAACGUUAUCUUAAUUCACUUUGUUAAAAAAAUACAGUCCAGCAAUGCCGUGGCUUUAUGUUUGCAUGAUUAGUAUACCUUUAUUACUUUAUAAAUAUAAAUUUCUUUACUGUUCCUUUAAGAAAUCACACAGAACACAUUCUUGAUUUUAAAGUUGCAAAACAAAACAGUGGAAUGUAUAAAAAUGUCUUGAGAAGCUUUUUAUAAUAAAAAACAGAUCUGUUUUGUAUGUUUACAUGAACAAUCGCAGCACAGUGGAAGACAAAAACGUGUUCUGGCAAAAACGUAUGGCGCUUGGAAAUAGAUGUUAUGCAACUGAUUUUUAGAUCAAGAGUGCCAAUAAAUAAAGGCUGUU